UCGAAGCUCUCGGCGCUCGGCAGGAGGCGGGGCGCGAGCGGCCUGCCCCCCACGCCCCCCCCGGCGGCGCGCGCCGCCUCCGGCUCCCGCACCCGCGAUGUCCAGGAGCUCCCGGGCCGUGCUGGCCGCCUCCGCCCUGCUCUCCGCCGCCACCGUGGUGGCCGUGCACAUCCAGCAGCGCCGGGAAAGGGAGAGGCUGCACGAUGGAGUUCUUAGAGACCUUGAACGUCAACAUCAGAAAAAGGAGAAUAUUCGCCUGUUAGAAGAGCAGAUUGCUUUGACAAAGCAGCUGGUGGAAGAGAGAGACAAGGGGCUAAUGAGCAAAGGGUCCCAGGAGUCCUAG